GAUGUAAAAAACUGAAGGGGUAGCUAUGGAGAUAGAGAGAGUAUUGCUGGCUGCUUCCUUUGACAGGUGUUGAGUAGGAAAAGUCUCAAACAAGCAUGUAUGCCAAAGGGAAAGGAUCCACUGUCCCUUCUGAUAGCCAGGCAAGGGAAAAGUUAGCUUUAUAUGUCUAUGAAUAUUUACUGCAUGUUGGAGCCCAGAAAUCAGCACAGACCUUCCUGUCAGAGAUACGAUGGGAGAAAAAUAUCACAUUAGGAGAACCUCCUGGGUUUUUACACUCUUGGUGGUGUGUAUUCUGGGACCUGUACUGCGCUGCACCUGACAGACGGGAAACAUGUGAACAUUCAAGUGAAGCCAAGGCAUUCCAUGAUUAUAGUGCGGCGGCUGCUCCUAGUCCUGUUAUGGGCAACAUGCCACCAAAUGAUGGAAUGCCGGGUGGACCCAUGCCUCCAACGUUCUUUCAGGGACCUCCAGGUUCUCAGUCAUCACCUCACGCACAGCCUCCUCCACACAACCCCAACAACCCCAUGAUGGGUCCUCACAGUCAGCCCUUCAUGUCUCCCAGGUAUCCUGGUGGCCCAAGACCUAACAUCAGAAUGCCAAAUCAGCCCCCUGUUGGAGUUCCAGGAUCACAGCCUCUGUUGCCAAACUCCAUGGAUCCCACACGGCCACAAGGUCACCCAAACAUGGGAGGACCCAUGCAGAGAAUGAACCCACCACGAGGCAUGGGAUCCAUGGGCCCACAGAAUUACGGCAGUGGCAUGAGACCUCCUCCAAACUCAUUAGGUGGUCCUGGAAUGCCUGGCAUGACUAUGGGUCCAGGAGGAAGAGGUCCCUGGCCGAACCCCAAUGCUAAUUCGAUAGCAUACUCUUCAUCGUCCCCAGGAAACUAUGUGGGUCCUCCUGGAGGUGGGGGUCCACCAGGAACACCUAUUAUGCCCAGCCCAGGAGAUUCUACAAACUCCAGUGAGAAUAUGUACACAAUGAUGAACCCCAUAGGACCGGGUGGAAGCAGGCCUAAUUUCCCAAUGGGUCCUGGUCCUGAUGGACCGAUGGGAGGAAUGGGUGCUAUGGAACCUCAUCAUAUGAAUGGAUCACUAGGCUCUGGAGACAUGGAUGUGUUGCCAAAGAACUCUCCAAAUAAUAUGGCGGGAAUGAAUAAUCCUCCAGGGACACCUCGUGAUGAUGGAGAGAUGGGCGGAAACUUUUUAAACCCCUUCCAAAGCGAAAGCUAUUCACCCAGCAUGACCAUGAGUGUGUGAUAUCCUGUGAUACGCCAUUGGAUUACAUUUCUCAGAAUACCUCUUCAGCAGAGGACUACCAAUGCCCUGGCAGUGAGGAUUAUAAACAAAUUUUGCAUCUUGUAUAUUUAAAAGCAGGAAAGCAUCCACCCCACAGGCUCCUUUGAACCUAUUCAGAAACUCUAAAAAAAAACAGACAAAAAAAAUAAAUAAAAACAAUACAAAAAAGAAUGAAUGACCGGACUGCAUAUCUGCAAUGACUUUAAACUGCAGUGUCGAGGGGAGGGUGACUUCUGGAAUGACCGCCCAUACUCUUAUGCCAAAACUUGGCAUGCAGAAGCAAGAGGACCCUUCCUGGACUUUCAGAAACAGUUUGCAAGACUUGGGCUCAACAUUCAGCUACAUACUGUAGUAAAACAAGCAGCUAUAUCUAUGAAAAUAAUAAGAAGGUUAGUGUGACUUAAAUGGAAGAACCGAUUUUGGCUGUAUCUUUAUGUAUCUUGACACGUUAACUUCUUUGGUGGUAGAAUGAACAUGCUCUACUGGCACUGAAGAAAUGAUCUCCAUCAUCCAUGCAAGAUUGGGAUUUAAGUUAUUUUUUUUAUUAUUAUUAUUAUUAUUACUUACUUACUGUGUCUCAAGUGGGCUAAACUCCUGAAGUCUUACCUUCAUGUUAGUUAAGAAUGUGCAUACAUUGUGCUCCAAAGGAUCGUUCAAAGGUAUGCAUUUCUGGAAGUUCAUUCUAUGAUAUCCACAUAGGUCUACCAUUACAAUUGCGUACAUUCCUCAUCUGUCUUGGAUAAAAGUAAAUGUAAUUCCCUUUGUAAUUUUUUUUUCUUACUGGUUAGAUGUCAUUUAAUCACUUGGAAUGGGGUGCAAGUAAGCUUGAAGGAUAACAAAAGCAGAUGGUUCUUGGAAAGACGAUGACAAUUGUUUAAUUAAUCAGUAUAAUACAAACUUGUUUUUUUUUUUAAAUGAAGACUGAAUACAGUCAGUAAAACAAAGACAAUAGAUGACAAACUGUUAACCUGUCAGGCAUGCAAUUGGCACAUAAUAACUAUAAUUUAAUUCUAAGAACAUCCCAUAAAGACAGGAGACUUUUCUUAAUUGGCCCAGUAGAAAGUGUGACGUUGGUAAGAAUAACAAAAAUGUUCAAAAUAAACUCCUCUGGAUGGCAUCAUAGAGCAAAGCAGCCAGUAACAAGACUUUAUUUUAAAGAAAUCAUAUUUGCACAUCUUAAAGAGCACUAAAUGUAACCCUCUUACCUACAGCUACCCACCUGGUAACAUUCACCCAGCCACAAACCCUCUCACAUACAGCCACUCACCUGGUCACAUUCACCCAGCCAGAAACCCUCUCACAUACAGCCACUCACCUGGUCACAUUCACCCAGCCGCAAACACUCUCACAUACAGCCACUCACCUGGUCACAUUCACCCAGCCGCAAACACUCUCACAUACAGCCACUCACCUGGUCACAUUCACCCAGCCAGAAACCCUCUCACAUACAGCUACCCACCUGGUCACAUUCACCCAGCCAGAAACCCUCUCACAUACAGCCACUCACCUGGUCACAUUCACCCAGCCGCAAACACUCUCACAUACAGCUACCCACCUGGUCACAUUCACCCAGCCAGAAACCCUCUCACAUACAGCCACUCACCUGGUCACAUUCACCCAGCCAGAAACACUCUCACAUACAGCCACUCACCUGGUCACAUUCACCCAGCCGCAAACACUCUCACAUACAGCUACCCACCUGGUCACAUUCACCCAGCCGCAAACACUGUCACAUACAGCUACCCACCUGGUCACAUUCACCCAGCCACAAACCCUCUCACAUACAUCUAGUUAAUCUGAAGCAAAAUGUUCUUCAGUAUAUAAGCUUUGACAUUUUACAGCAAGAUCUUCAAAUUAUAUCCUGAAUAUAGUAUUUCAUAAAGUAAGAAACCCCCUAUGUAAAUUUAUAGAUUCAACAAGUGUUGUAUUUAAUUGUAUAUUUACACAUUUUAUACCAAGUAUGCAUUUUCAUAUCUAGUACAGAUCUGAAUCGUAUGCAGAAAGAUAAUCAGGAUUUGGAAUGGUGUCAGCCAUUAUUAUUUUCAUUCUGUGUCCAUGCAGUUAAUUUGAUAUUAAAAAAAAAAUGAUCACAAUAUUGAUCAGAUAUGGAGACAUGACACCGCUCAUUCCAGUUACAGAGUUGCAAAGCAUAGGUUAAGAAUGUUAAACCUGCCUAACUUGCAAAACCCCUUUUACCUAUGCUACUCAUUUAACAGAAAAAUGUAUAGUAGAUGCACAGUUUUUUGUUUUAAGUCCACCUGGGGACAUUCAGCAACAAACAGGCUUUAUUUCUAGGAUGGUCUGCAUUCUGGAAAUGUACGAAAAAAAAAUAGUACAAUCAGUAGUGCAAUCACCUUGACAUUUUAAAUGAAUUGUUAGCAACUUAAAGGGACAUUCAAAGCAUCAUAACCACUAGAGUAUAUUGAAGUGGUUAUGUUGCUGGGAUGUUACAAGUUAAAUCUUUGGGGGUUUUCUGGUUUGUUUGUUUUUUGGUUUGUUUUUUAUCAAGCUAACCUCAGUUUAUUCAGUCCAUUUGACAAAAAAAUGGAAUCCCAUGAACCCAUAACAAUAUAGAAACAUUUGCUGAUCAGACAACCUAGAACUGCCUUACUGUAGGGUUGUUUUUUACAUAACAUUACUUUUAUGGAAUGCUUGAUCUUGGCCUUCAGAAACAGACUAGUGCAUACGAUCAUUAGUAAAAGGUCUUCUGCAACCCUGGACAUCUACCACAACCUGAAUUCCAAUAGCAAUGUCAACGUCUUCCUCAAAAUCAAGAGAUUUUAAAUCCAGAACCAUUUGCAAUAGCCCUUAAAAUAACACUUUAAUUGGAUCCUAAUUUUGAUGGGAUUGAUUGGGUAUAGCAUACCGUAAAUGUCAACUUUUUCAAACAGGAUAACUGUGAUAUCCUAAGUCUUUUAAUGUCUUGCAUUGUGGACUCUCUUCAUUUGUCACAAUAAUUAGUCUCUAAUUAUAUCUUCAUUGUAUUAUAAUUACAGUGAAUAGGCAUGGUAGAGACUUGUAAACCUGUAUUUAAAUGACACUCUUUUGUUUGAUUAUAAGAGACCAUGGCUAUAUAUUGGUAUGUCUACAGAUGUUCCUCGUGGAUUGCUUCUUUUUAGAAUAUAAUAUGAAGUGUAUGAGGGUUUUGACAGCAUGGCGUUAAAAAGACUUUCCUGUAGUAUGUCCCAGAGUAUUUACCUUUUGAUCACUCACACCAUGAAGUAAUUAUAGUGUAAGAAAAACAGAUAUGCAGUAAUUCAAAUUACCAGGAGCAAAUGCCAACAAGUGUUUUUAGCGAUAGUCAACCCAUCAAAGAGGUGAGCUAAAGUGGUGUACAAGAUACAGUGCCUCACCUUUGACACAUGUGGAUUUGUUUUACAGUCGUCCAACUCAACUAGCUUGUUAAAAGUGUGUUUACCUGUAACAUAUACUCACCCUCACUCUCACCAGCCCACAUUUAGUUAUUCAGCUGUCAUGCACUCUGUCACCUACUCACAGCCUGUUACUCACAACCUGUUUCAUUUCAUCACCCAGUUAUAAACCCUGUCACAUUCACCUAGCCACAAACCCUCUCAUAUGCAGCCACCCACAUGGUAACAUUCACCCUGCCACAAACCCUCUCACGUACAGCCGCUAACCUGGUCACAUUCACCCAGCCACAAACCCUCUCACAUACAGCCAACCACCUGGUAACAUUCACCCUGUCACAAACCCUCUCAUGUACAGACGCCGACCUGGUCACAUUCACCCAGCCAGAAACCCUCUCACAUACAGCUACCCACCUGGUAACAUUCACCCAACCACAAACCCUCUCACAUACAGCCACUCACCUGGUCACAUUCACCCAGCCAGAAACCCUCUCACAUACACCUACCCACCUGAUAACAUUAACCCAGCCACAAACCCUCUCACAUACAGCCACUCACCUGGUCACAUUCACCCAGCCACAAACACUCUCACAUACAUCCACCCACCUGGUCACAUUCACCCAGCCACAAACACUGUCACAUACAGCCACUCACCUAGUCACAUUCACCCACCUAAUGAAUUACAUCUAUUUAUUCACAAAAAGUCAAAUUCAUAAACCAUAUUCUGCAUUUAUUGUGCAAAAGCUUACACACAUUAUAACAGGCCCUCAUACAUGUAAUAUGUACAUAUAACUGACAUAUACAUGCACAUACACUCAUUUGUAAGAAAUCUGCAGGUUUAGGCUGGUUUUAGAAUGUUGGGAACAAGAAGUGUGUUCCACCAAUGUUUUUAGUGUUAUGGUUAAUCAUCAUUAUUAGUGACCACAUUUCUCUAGGUUGUUUUGGGACAAUGCUGCUGGUUGGCUGGAUAUGGUCACAUAUAUGAGUUCUACAUGGGUCAUAGCUGUAUAUUUAUGUAUAAGUGUAUCAGCAUAAGAGCAACUGACACCAGAGACCUUCUUCUUCUACACAAAGGAGACUGGACUCAGAUGAAUAUCAGCUGCAUGGUAGGGUGCACUUUGUGGAUAGAGAUCUCCUUUUGGCCCUCAGAUGGAAAAUGUUGACAUAAUAAACAUUUUUGAGCUUCAGAGAAUGACCAUCAGAAAGCCUACCAAGUAAGAACUAGGUGGUUUGAUAUGGGCAUUGAGAAUGCCAUAUUUGUAGUCAUUAAGAUGAUUGUGCAUUGCUUGUCCCAUAACAACCAGAAAAUAAUUUAGCUAGUAAUGCUGCUUUACAAACUUUUUAAUGGUGUCUAGCUCCACUUUAUGAGAACCACUAACAGGCUAGGACUGAGAAAAAAAAAUUGUAAAACCUACUUGUAAGAUCAGUGAAAAUUCAACAUUGUACUGAACCUGAUGGAAUGAAAAACGUGGGUGAAAAAACCCCAAUGUAAAAUAUAUGGAUGAUAUUGAAUAUCUUAAAGUACCCCAAUGGUGUGAUUUUGGUAAAUGAAUACAUAGUUAUUGCAUAACAGUAAAUCAUGUCUACAGAGUUACAUUUUGAUAUCAUCACUGGAUUUUUUCCAAACUGCCAUUUUGAAAUUUUAUAAACAUUGAAAAAUAUUAAGCUAAAUGUACAUUAGUUUUUGAGAGGAAGGACUUCCUGCCUAGAUCAGUGAUUCCCAUACAUGUUCAUAAGCAGGCACUCCAACAGACCUGUAUGUAGAUAUUUCUCUAGUUCUGUUCCAGUGAAGAUACUGACAACAUGUCUACCAUUGGUGAGCCUUCCAGGCUUGGUUAGGAACCACUGGUCUUGAAUACAACAUACAAAAAGUAUGAAUGAAUGACUCUUGCAUUCAAGAAUUCAAAUGAGAGACUAGACUGUGUGAGAGGAACAUAUCCAAAAGCGUUACAGAAGCCCCAAGGACAGCUCAGUCAACUCUGCAUCAAUACACAGCUGGUCAUUGGCAGUUGUAAACACGUAAACAUCAAGGUCAUCAACAAAAUGUUUGAGACCUUGAUGCAACUAAACCACUAUACAUUCACUCACCUAAAUAGACAGACCAGGUGGUGUAUUGUAAGGUAUGGUACAGCAGGUUUUAUUUUAUUUUUUAUGCUUCCUCUAUAAGAAAAGACUUGCCUUGGAUAAUGCAACACUUUUUACAGAAGGGGUCCACAUUUUACAGACUGAGAUUAAUCACAUUUUUCGUUUUGUUGAUGUAAAGAUUUGUUUCUGCCUGCUACACUACUGUGAUAUUUUAAUAACUUCUACUAGAGCAGGUAAACCCCAAUAAUAAUACAGGAAAGGAGACAUAGACGCCAACCACAUAAAUUAACUGUAUACAUACAUAUCACUCGUAAAGUUCUCACCGGUGUCACUCUCCUCUCCCCUCUUAAGGAGCCUGUAGGGACAUUGGGUGUGGUGGGGGGCAGGGGAGGAGAAUGAACUGUCUCUUGUACACAACAUGGGACAACUUUUAACUUUCUUAUGAAGGAUUUUUUUUUAUUAUUAUUAUUUUUUAAACAUAAAGGACCUCAUUUCAAAAGAUGUCUGUGUUCUUUUCAUUGUUUUAUUUUGUUUUUGUUUGUUUUUUUCUAUCAUAUCCCAAAGCAACUUUGUACAGGAUUAUGCUAAUAACCCACAUUCUUCCUAUUAAUUUUUUUUAUAUAUACUUUUGUGUUUUGUUUUGUUUUUUGUUUUCUCUUCCUGCAAUGUCUGCGUAAUUCUAGUGUGAUGUAAAAUACUGUAACUUUAGGACAGGAUUUAAAAGACAAAAAAAUAAAACUGUACUGCUAUUCGUUCUUUAUAUGAUAUGACAGUAUUUGGGAUAUGAAGCAUUCUUUCACAAGGUGUGCUUUGUAUUUGCUUGUAGGGUUAGAAUUCAGUCCUAGAUUUUAGUUGUCCAGUGUAGGAUAUAUAUAUAUAUCAUGUCAUUUGUAUGUUCUUUAUAUUGUAAAAAUUCUUUAGACUGAAAGUUGCUUAUCAAAACAAAAAAAAAGAAAACAAAAAAAUAACU